AUGAUCAUGAGAGCUUAUACUAAUGUGAUUCUUGCUCUGAUCAUCCUCUGUUUCAUCAACAACACAUUUUUGUCCCAUGCAUCUGACACCCUUUCACCAAACCAAACCCUCUCCCGCGAUCAAACCAUCGUUUCCUCGGGUGGUGAAUUCGAGCUCGGGUUCUUCUCUCCAGGCAACUCUUCCAAGUACUACAUAGGCAUAUGGUACAGAAAAAUCACUGACAAAACCGUUGUCUGGGUUGCAAACAGAGAAGCUCCCAUUUCAGACAAGAACUCUGCCCUACUCAAGGUUUCACAAGGUAAUCUGGUGCUCGUAAACGAAUCCCAGAUCGAGGUCUGGUCAACUGGCUUAAGCACCAACUCAACAAGUUCUGCAUCCGUUUUGCUACUUGACGAUGGAAACUUGGUUUUAAGACACGGGUCCAGCUCGAGUUUAUGGGAGAGUUUUGAUAACCCUUCUCAUACAUGGAUGCCUGGUGCAAGAAUUGGGUAUAACAAGAUUACUAAAAAGAAGCAAUUUCUGACAUCAUGGAGAAACUCAGGGGAUCCUGCUCCUGGGCUGUUCACAUUGCAGAUGGAUCAUAACAAUAGCCAGUAUACAAUGAGGAGGAAGAGUGAGCAGUAUUGGGCUAGUGGACCUUGGGAUGGUGAGAUUUUCAGUGGGGUGCCGGAAAUGAGGACGGCGAUUAGGCAAGGCUACCGUUUCACGUACGUUGACAACGAGAACGAGAGCUAUUACUCGUACAUGAUUUUUGAUCCGUCAUUUAUCGCGAGGCAGUUCUUGGAUGUCACGGGGCAGUUGAGGCAGCAAAUGUGGACAGAGUCCGACUGGCUCGGGUACUGGUUUAGGCCGAGGCAGUGUGAGGUUCCGGCUUAUUGUGGGGAGUUUGGUGUGUGCAGUGAGCCAUCACUGCCAAUCUGUAGCUGUUUGGAGGGGUUUAAGCAUAGGUUUGAAGGUGAGUUUGGUGUGUGCAGUGAGCCCUCUGGUGGCUGUGUGAGAGAGGAUGGAUUGGUGUGUGUCCCCGGAAAAGAAGCAAAAGAUGGGUUUUUUAUGAGACCGGGCAUGGGUUUGCCUCGCUACUCUCGACUGGAAACACCAGUGGGAGGACUAUCUACAUUAGACUCUCUGCUGCUUCCUCAAUUUUCCGAGGCCAAAUGA